GAAGAAGAACCCGAAAGAAGAGAAGCAAUUAUAUAUGAAAAAAACUCCAAGACGAAGAAAACGGCGACUCCAAUAACUCCAGUAACGACGGCUCCAAUGGCGAAAUCAAACCCGGAAGAAAGAGAAGCA